CAUUGCCACGGUCGCAACCGCCAAACCAAACGUGACACGGAGGCGCCGGACAGAAUCUCAAGAAACCGUUGGCUGAUGCGCCCAUAGAAAUUCCAUUCGCAGCCUCAAAAAGCUCCAUCAUUCUGCAACAUCCAAUUCACGGAGCCGCCAACGAAGAGAUGACCAUGGUGACGCUACUGGUGGCAACGACGAUCGAUCCAGCAUCCAUCAAUCCCGCUAAUGAGCUCCUCGCCAUGCCCGGAUGGAGCCCUGGCCCUUCUCUCCAGGAUAUAAAAAGCUUCGCUAAUCGAGAUGUGAGGUUACUGCUACACGAUAAGAGCAUUGUGGCUGAGGACGAUCUCGAUAAUCGAUGGGAGGAGCUCACCGGCGAGGUGGUGGACGAGGUCAUUUUCUUCAGCCGUCAUACUGCCGUUUCGAAUCGUCCUGCUCUCACUGUUCAUCCGAUCGGGGUUCCUCAUCUGCUGGAUGGAGAAGUUCCGCUGCAAGGAGGGAAGCCUGGAUGGGCGGCGCCGCCGAGCCCUCGUAUAGGCCCCUGGCUGAGGCUCUUGAAAACCAUUGCAGAAUCCCAUAAUCUAGUGCCAGAGUUUGAGAUUACGUUGGAGGGUACUCAUCAUGGACCUAUUACAAAUAAACGAACCCUGUUUCUGGAAAUUGGCAGUACCGAGGAUUAUUGGUGUAGGCAAGAUGCUGCCAAAGUUAUUGCUCUACUAGUCUGGGAAGGACUUGCUAUUGGAGGAGGAAUCGAUGUCGGAAAUUGGAACAGGGAACAUAGCAAGAACAAUAAAGUUCUUCUUGGUAUCGGGGGUGGACAUUAUGCACCUCGUCACAUGGACAUAGUUCUAAAAGAUGGAGUUUGGGUGAGCCACUUGCUCUCUGGAUAUUCCUUGCCAAUGGAAGAUCCAAAGCUUUCAAAUGGCAAUACAAGCGACAAAAGCAUCGGCGGGAGCUGGAAACAGUCGAUUAAAGCAUCGUACGAGGCUACUACUUCGGCUUUCCCUGGCGGAGAGAUCAUAGCACACCUCGAUCACAAGAGUUUCAAGAGCUGGCAGAAGACUGCCAUAACAGGGUUCUUGGGUGAACUGGGCGUUAAAAUUGGCAAGCCAAAGGACUUCUACUGAGAUUCUUCUUUUGAAGAACAUCACUUAAUAUUAGCUUCAAGGCUUCAGUUAUUGAAGAUUUUGAAGCAUUCUAUUCUUGCUUGCUUGCUUGAAUAUUAUUAAAAAAAAAAACUCUCUCCUACCUAUGAAAUAAACUAUAUUUUUGGUU